CAGCCCGUUGCUCCACGACUAAUAUAUACCCACACGAACCUCACCAGGAUCCCUUGAUCUGCCCCCAGGAAGCCCAUCGCUCCCAUUGCUACAACUGAAGCCUGAAGAGUACAGCAGAACCCUCUGUCGCAAUACGCAGACAGGAGAAAGCAAGCGAGCAAGCAAGCACUGCAACGAAACAGGCACAAUGGGUUUCUUCGAUGGCUGGGACGGUGCCUCCGUCGUGUCAGGGAAAUCAUCUCGUAAACAUCACAAGUCCUCUUCUUCUCACAAGCACAAGUCAUCAAAAUCCCGCUCUGGCUCGAGGCACCGACACUCUAAAUCCUCCACAAACCUGGGCGACCUCUUCGGCAUCGACAGCGGCAGUCACUACAACAAACACAAUGCCUCGCGAGGAUCCUUCUUCAACAUGGGAAACUCCAGCUCAAAGAGUUUCUUCGGACUGGGUCGCUCGUCCUCCUACUACAAGCGCUCCCCGCGCUCCAAUUUCAUGCAGCGCAUGUACAAGCAGCUCAAGCGUCUCCUGCGCGACUUGGUAUACUACGCCAAGAAGCACCCCAUGAAGGUGUUCAUGCUGGUCAUCAUGCCGUUGAUCACGGGCGGUGCGCUGACAGCACUCCUCGCGCGCUUUGGGCUACGCCUGCCACCAGGCCUGGAGCGUAUGCUUGGCAUCGCCGCCAAGACAGCUUCGGGUGACAGCAUUGGUCUGGUUGGCGAGGCUGUCCGGAUGGCCAGCGGCCUGGGCGGCUCAGGAGCCGUGAGCGUCGAGCGCGGUCGCGAUGGGCACACGGCUUGGGAGCGCCGAUCCACAUAUGAAGACAACGGGUGGGGCGGUAGUGACUGGGGUGAUGGCCUGAUGAAGGGCGUCACAAAGAUGUUUUGGUGAAAGCUUGGACUGUGAUACCCCCGUUUGGGCAGUUAUACCUGUUGCUAUUUUCACUUCCAUAGAUAGAUACGAGUUCAAGGGAGGACGAAAGUAGAUUGGUGGAUUUUAGGAUACCCUCUAGCUAGAGAUUUGAGCAUGAAUAAAGAGAAACGACUUGAUGAAAACUGGGGUGCUCGGUUUUUGUGCAUG